GCGCACGGCCGGGCACCGCGGCCGCGCCAGGCCGGGAAGAUGAACUACCUGAACGUGUUGGCCAAGGCCCUCUACGACAAUGUGGCCGAGUCCCCAGACGAGCUCUCGUUCCGUAAGGGAGACAUCAUGACUGUGCUGGAGCGCAACACGCAGGGCCUGGAAGGGUGGUGGCUCUGUUCGCUCCAUGGACGGCAAGGCAUCGUGCCUGGCAACCGCCUCAAGAUCCUGGUGGGCAUGUAUGACAAGAAGCAGCUUCCCGGGACCGUCCAGGGCACGCCUCAACCUUCGCAACAGCAGCAGCCACCGCCGGCGGGGCAGACCCCUCUGGCCUACCCACAUCAAGGGGGGUAUCUACCCCUAUCUCCUGCAUCUCAGUACACGUCUAUGCACUCCUCCUACCUGCCCCAAGAGGACAAUGUCUAUCUAGUGCCAGCGCCAAACAAGACCCAGGGGGGCCUACACCAGGGCCCUGUGCCCGCCGGCCAGUUCCAGACCCCUCCAGGGAAACAGACGCCCGCUUACCCGAAGCCGACCCCCCCUCAAGGCCAGGAAGUGUACCAAAUGCCGGCUGGACCCGCCAGCCCACCCCAGGACAUUUACCAAGUCCCCCCAGCUCCCGCUGGGCUGGGGCAGGAUGUCUACCAAGUGCCCCCUUCUCUGGAUGGCCGGGUCUGGGAUGCACCCAAGCCCCAAGGAAAGGUGGUGGUCCCAACCCGCGUAGGGCAGGUCUACGUCUACGACUCCCCCAAAGGAGAACAGGAUGAGUAUGACGUUCCCCGCCACCUCCAAGAAAUCUACGACGUGCCACCGACACGGGGCCUGCUGACCAAUCAGUGCAGUCAAGAGGUAUAUGACACGCCCACCCUGGCAGCAAAGGGCCUGAACAACCGGGAUCUAUCGCAUUCCCAGGAGAUUUAUGACGUGCCACCCAGCGUGGAAAAGGGCUUGCAGGUGGUGUACGACAUCCCCCCGUCAGUCAGCAAGGAUGUCCCAGACGGCCCAACGCGGGAGGAGACUUACGACGUACCCCCUGCCUUCUGCAAGCCCAAGCCCUUUGACCCGUCUCGGCAUCCACUUAUCCUAGCCCACCAUGUAGCGCCGCUUGCCGAACCUUACUUGCCUGAAGAUGUCUAUGACGUGCCCCCGGCUGCCAACAAGGGUGUUCCCGAGGCCCAGGAGAUCUACGACGUCCCACCUGGCUUGAGAAAGAUGGCGAGCCAGGAAGUCUACGACAUCCCGCGAGAGGUGCCAGUGGGCAGCAAGGACGGGGAUGGCGACUAUAUCUACGACGUGCCCCCCCAGGUGGACAGGGAGGGCAAGAUGAGCGACGGCAAGCGCCUCUCGGCCUCCAGCACGGGCAGCACCCGCAGCAACCUCUCCAGCUCCUCUCUGGACAUGGUGCCCGUCAAGGAGGCCCCAGACAAGGAGCUCCACCUCGACCAGGCAGUUGCCAUGGAGACGCUGGCCCGGCUCCAGAACAACGUCAGCACAGCCAUCUCCUACCUCAUGUCCUUUAUCAGUGGCGCUUGGCGCAGCCCGGAGCAGUUGGAGGCACAAGCAGCCAACCUCCAGGGGGCGGCGGAGAGCGUCAAGGGGGCACUCAGGGAACUGCUGGAAUUUGCCCGCGGCGCCGUGAGCAACGCCGCCCAGGCCUCCGACCGCUCCCUCUACUCCAAGCUCAGCAAGCAGCUGCAGAAGAUGGAGGAGGUGUACCAGGCGCUGCUGCGGCACAGCCAGGCGCUGGACAGCUGCGGGUGGGCGCCCAGCGCCCUGGUGCCCAGCAAGCCCGGCACCCCGGACGACCUCGAGCAUUUUGUCAUGUACUCGCGGGGGGUGCCCGACGACACCAAGCACCUGGCCUCCUUCCUGCACGGCAACGCCUCCCUCCUCUUCAAACAGACCAAGGCGCUCCCUGCCUCCCUGGGGGACGGCGGCCUCGGCCACGGCGCCCCAACCGAUAAGGCAAGCAGCAUCCAGUCCCGGCCCCUGCCCUCUCCGCCCAAGUUCCUGCCGCAGGACUCGCCCGAAGGGCAAUACGAGAACAGCGAGGGCGGCUGGAUGGAAGAUUAUGACUACGUGCACCUGCAGGGGAAGGAAGAGUUUGAGAAGACCCAGAAGGAGCUGCUUGAGAGAGGCAACAUCAUCCGGCAAGGCAAAGGCCAACUGGAGCAGCAGCAGCUGAAACAGUUUGAGCGGCUGCAACAGGAGGUCACCCAGCCAAUCGACAAUGACCUCUCCAACUGGACGCCACCGCAGCACUACGCCCAUGUGCGUGGGGGCGGCACCGCCCUCUGCCCCUCCGACCAGCAGCUGCUGCUGUUCUACCUGGAGCAGUGCGAGGCCAACCUCACCACCCUGACCAACGCCGUGGACGCCUUCUUCACCGCCAUCAGCACCAACCAGCCGCCCAAGAUCUUCGUGGCGCACAGCAAGUUCGUCAUCCUGAGUGCCCACAAGCUGGUCUUCAUCGGGGACACUCUGUCACGCCAGGCCAAGGCCCAGGACGUGCGCCACAAGGUCACCCACUACAGCAACCUGCUUUGCGACAUGCUCAAGGAGAUCGUGGCGACCACCAAGACGGCUGCCCUCCUGUACCCUUCCCCUGCGGCCGCCAAGGACAUGGUGGAGCGGGUCCAUGAGCUGGCAAACAGCACGCAGCAGUUCCGGAUGGUGCUGGGGCAGCUGGCAGCUAUGUGAAGGCCAUU